AUGCGAACAACUUUGAUCACCUGCCUCGUCUUUAUCUAUCUCGAGCUACUACGAGGCACUUACAAGCGGGCUUACGACCAUCUCGACGGUGGUUUGAAAGUGUUGGCUGACUUGAAAUACGAGACGAACAGAAAGCGGAAGCAGCCAAAGGAUGGCUCUUUCAAGUCGUCUUCGGAAUCAAACCAGGAUCGUGUAGAUGCCUUUCUCUCAGAAGCUUUCACUCGAUUGCAUGUUCAGAUGGAGUUCUCCAUACUCCGAUCUGGCACGGGUUUCACGCUCGCGCCGAAACUACCACCAGACCUUCCGACGCUUAAGUUCAGUUCCUCCCACGAGGCGCGACACUACCUGGAUCGAGUUUUCGAUGGCAUCAAUCUAUUGUCCCAACCAAUACGAAAUGGUUCCUACGCAAACUGGCCCGAUGGCUACUGGAACAUGAUCUUAACGGAACAACGCUUCAUGCAAGGCUGUUUGGAUUCAUGGUUGCGGUCACUCACGGCCACCAUGGCAGAUACAAAUGACGACGAUGAACUCAACGGGUACAAUAUGCUUCGGAUAUACCACACCAUGGCCGAGAUCAUGGGCGCUACCUGUUUGUCGCCGGAACAGAAGAUUUUUGAUCAUCAUAUUCCACGAUUCCUAGCUAUUGUGGACCGAUGCAGUGACAUCGCAUCAGAUGGUGUACCCAGUGAAAGGAUUUGCAAUGUUUCUCGCCUUCCAGAAACUCGUUGCCGUCCCUGGCCGGACCUAAGCUGGAAUCCUCCUCUAUAUUACACAGCGAUCAAAUGCCGUGAUCAUCAGAUUCGCACGCGUGCUUUCGAUCUCAUGUCUUCAUUCUGGCGUUAUGAGAUUGUCUGGGAUCUAGGGAUUUUAAACAUAUCCAGCAUCGUUGCUCAAGAGGUGAUUCGGAUGGAGGAAGGUGACUUCUUCGGAGCAAAGAUCCCGAGGUGCGACACGAAGAUAACGUUCCGUGAGGAUCUCGAGCCGAAACUAGAUCCUCUGCCCCCCAUGUUGCCGGAAGAGCUGAGGUUUGAUACCGUUGAAAUGGUGUUACUCGAUGAGUUUCCAGGAAGUAUACAGAUCGUAUGCAAGAAAUGGAUCAAAGGACGGGUGCAAAAGACUACGCGGAAGGCGUACAGAGAAGCAGAAGCCUUGCAGCCUUCAAUUCCGGCGCAAGUCGUGUUCUACCCUUAUAAAUCGUAA